AUGGGAGACAUGGUAUCACCCAAGAAACGGUAUGCCCUAGUAGGCACAGGAGGAAGAGCAGGACUCUUCUACACGACCAUCGCAAAAGACUACAGCAAGACAAGUGUUCUAGUAGCUCUAUGCGAUACCAACCAGACCCGUCUGAACUACGCGAAAUCCAAAAUCGAAGCCCUAGGCCACUCGCCAAUCCCAACCUACCCAGCCGCCGACUUCGACAAAAUGAUCGCCGAGACAAAGCCCGACGAAGUCAUCGUCACAACAAUCGACCGAACCCACCAUACCUACAUCGUCCGCGCCUUGGAACUGGGCUGCAACGUUAUCACCGAAAAGCCAAUGACAAUCGACGUGCCCCAAUGCAAAGAAAUCCUCUCGGCCGUCGAGCGCACCAACCAGCGCGUCCGAGUGACCUUCAACUACCGCUACGCACCGCACAACACCAAGAUCUUCGAGAUCAUCCGCUCCGGCGCAAUCGGGACUGUGACAAGUAUCCAUUUCGAGUGGAUGCUGAACACGUCGCACGGCGCGGACUAUUUCCGGCGCUGGCAUCGGGAUGCGCGGAAUAGUGGCGGCUUGCUGGUUCACAAGUCGACGCACCACUUCGAUUUGAUCAACUUUUGGUUGCAGUCCAGACCGAAGACGGUCUAUGCUCAAGGAGACUUGAAGUUCUAUGGCAAAAAGAAUGCCGAGGAGCGGGGUGUCACGCAGUUUUAUUCCAGGGCUCGUGAUAGUGACGUUGCGAAGGACGAUCCGUUCGCUCUUCAUCUCGCUGAUAAUCAGCAGCUCAAGGCGCUUUACCUGGAUGCUGAGCAUGAAGACGGUUACUUCCGUGAUCAGAGUGUUUUUGGUGAUGGGAUUAGUAUUGAAGAUACCAUGAACGUCCUUGUUCGGUAUGAGAAUGAUGCCGUCUUGACCUACUCGCUCACGGCAUAUGCGCCAUGGGAAGGGUUCCGUGUUAGUUUCAAUGGAACCGGGGGGAGAUUAGAGGCGGAAAUUGUUGAGAGCAGCUAUGUGAAUUCUGGUGGUGAUCAAGCCAAGGAAGCUGCCGCUGAAAGUAUCAAGCUGCUGUUGCGGCCGUUGUUCCAGGAGCCGCGGGAGGUUGAAAUUGUGCAGGGUGCUGGUAGUCAUGGCGGUGGUGACAAUGUGUUGCUGCGUGAUCUGUUCGGGGAUGUUGAGCCUGACGAGUAUAUGCGGGCUGCCAGUCAUAUUGAUGGGGCUGCCUCUAUAUUGACUGGUGUUGCUGCUAAUCGGUCUAUUCGAACCGGGCAAGUUGUAACUGUUAGUGAUAUUCUUAGCCUGCCUUGA